UUCCAUCAGCUGUCGGCUGAAGUUCUUUUGACAGAUCUGUCAAAAUUCAUUUAAUUCUCAUCUUUAAUUCGUGUUUAUUAAAUUGAUUGUCUGUUAUUUUCCAUUAUUCCAUCGAUUUAAUUUACAAUUUACUCCAAUUUAGGACCAUAAUGGCAUCUGCAGUUGUACUCUAAUUGUGUCAAAUUGUGGCGUCAAUUGUUGAAGCUCAACCAACAUAAUGUCUUGCGAUGUAACCUCUUCAUCUUCUGGUCAAGAUGAGACGGUUGGACAGUCUAAAAGUUGGUGGGGUAAUAGAGUGUUGAUCAUUAUCACUGGAGCCUCUAGAGGUUUUGGGAAAGCAAUAGCUGUUAAACUGUCCACUCGAUUUCAUCAGUAUCAUAAUUUUACUCCUAUUCAACAGCCCCAAUUAUCAUCUUCAUCUUCAUCAUCAUCAUCGUUACUCUCCUCAUCAACUUCACCUUCAUCUGCCAAAGUUUCAUUUCUUUUAUUAUCACGGGUCACUACUAAUCUUGCUCAGGUCACUGGAGAGUUACAGAGAACAGGUCCUGGAAUAGCCAAUAUUCAACCAGUUCCUGGUCAAUUAAAUGAUUAUGACAAUCUCGCUGCCUUAGAUUUUAUCAUGGAACAUGAGAGACAAGAUUAUGAUCAAGUUAUUCUUGUUCACAAUGCAGGAACUCUUAAUGAUCCUGACCAAUUGGUAGAUAGUUAUACUCCCCGUGCUAUAUCUGAGCUUAAUGAAUAUGCCCGAGUCAACUUUUCUUCAGCCGUCAUAAUUACUUCAUCAUUUUUACGAUCAUUCCGAAACUGCCCAAAGCGAAACAUCAUCAAUAUCACCUCAUUGGCAGCAAUACAGCCAAUGAAAGGAUUAGCUCUCUAUGGAUCAAUGAAAGCAGCUCGAGAUCAAUAUUUCAAAUCAGUCGCUUCUGAAGAUCCUGCUACUCGAGUCCUCAGCUAUGCUCCUGGCCCAUUGAAAACUGACAUGGCCAUGAUGUUGGCGAAUCGAGGACAUUUAACUGAUUUCUUUCAGAAUCAGGAUAAUCUUCUUGAUCCAGAGGAUAGUGCAGAGAGAAUGAUACAAAUUCUGGAGAAUGACAAUUAUGAUAACGGAGCUCAUAUCGAUUAUUUCGACCCAUUGCCAUAAUACAAGUCGAUAAAAUAGACAAAAUAACACAGAGAAAAAGUUGUGUUGUUACAUUUGUGUUUCGUUAAUUGUGCUUUUACUGUUUCUUUGCUCAGUGUUCAAUAAGAAAGAGAUUCAAAUAGUAGGAAGGAAAUUAAAAGAAAGAGAGAGAGAGAGAAAGAGAUACUCAAAAUGAUUGUGUUAAUCAAGCUAAUUUAAAAAGUUCUUGUAUUCAUCAUGUAUUUGUGAACCAAUUUCUGUUGAAGAAAAAAAAACCACAAAAGUUGCGAGAUGAAAAAAAGACGAGAAAAUGAUUCAUGUUGUGAUAUUAAGAAAUUAUCAAAUAAAAGGAAUGGCAAAAUUGA